AUGUCCGAGUUCGAAACUAAUCUUCUGUGCUUAUUGGCCGCGUGGAGUUUGUGGAAUGGAUGCGUGGCGGAGGACCAGCAUUCGGGCUACGUAUGCCUUAUCGAUGAUCCCAAGCCAAAUCAGUAUGAUAACUUUUGCAUUGCUGCCCUGCAACCGUUGCUCGACCAAAUUACAAGACGCCUGGAUAAAGGCAACACGCAGGUGGACAUUUUGGUGGGUCAGCAGGCCAAGCUUGAAUCACAACUUGAGAAGGUGCUGGAGGUACAGAAAAUAAUAAACAACCAACUGCAGGCUGUACUGGAAGCCCAACAAGCAGCUUUAGUGGAGACCCGUAACAUGAUGAAGUUUAAGGUUCCAUCAAAUUUCGAGCAGAUCGGUUCGAGAUACUUCCUUAUCGUUGAACGUCGCCAGGAUUGGAGUAGUGCUGAGAUCGUCUGUCUUCGCAUGGGAGGAUAUCUGGCCUCAAUUCAAAGCCUUGAAGAACUCACCGCAAUCAAUGCGAAACUCAAAGGAAGCUCAGCCUACUGGCUGGGCAUUAACGAUCAGCUCAAGGAGGGCCACUAUAUAUCCGUGGCCUCAAACAAAACGGCAGAAUUUUUAGACUGGAGCCCAAGUCUGUCAGGAGACGAACAGCACACGCAAAACUGCGUUUACUUGCUUGAAGGAUUUAUGAGCUAUUUUCAUUGUGAUUUUCCUGCCUAUUUUAUUUGCCAGGCAGACAAAGAAAUUUAA